AUGACCCACGGGAAAAACAGCACAGUUUCUGCUUCAGCCAGUACAAAAAUAAUAGAACUGUCUAGAAAAACUGGAGAUGGAGUGGGCUACCGUCAGAGGUGGGCGGCCCACCACCGCGGGGAUCCCCGGGGGAAGGUUGGGGCGAGGCUGCGAAGCCGGGGCAUCCUGGCCCGGAGAGGCUGGGACUUCGGCCACAGCGCCUCCCAGCGGCCUGAAAGAAGAAAGCGUGAGUCCGAGCCAGAGAAGCGGGGACAAAGGCCCGACGCCAGAGAGCGCCAAGAAGGCUGGGAGGGGGAGCGGGCCGGAGAGGAGCGGAGCGCGUCCUGCGGAGCCAGGCGGCAGCCUCCCAGACUUCAGGGACCGCGUCACCCCCGGACGCCGCCGGGCUCCCCUCCCCGCUGGGCCUUGCCUCGGUCCCCUCAGACCUGUUGA